UCCUAUUUUGUGACGGAUUAUGAUCCAACCAUUGAGGACUCCUACACAAAGCAGUGCGUGAUAGACGACAGAGCAGCCCGGCUAGAUAUUCUGGAUACAGCAGGACAAGAAGAGUUUGGAGCUAUGAGAGAACAGUAUAUGAGAACUGGCGAGGGUUUCCUGUUGGUCUUUUCAGUCACAGAUAGAGGCAGUUUUGAAGAAAUCUAUAAGUUUCAAAGACAGAUUCUCAGAGUAAAGGAUCGUGAUGAAUUUCCAAUGAUUUUAAUUGGUAAUAAAGCAGAUCUGGAUCAUCAGAGACAGGUAACUCAGGAAGAAGGACAGCAGUUAGCACGACAGCUGAAGGUAAUAUACAUGGAGGCUUCCGCAAAGAUUAGGAUGAAUGUCGAUCAAGCUUUCCAUGAACUUGUCCGGGUUAUAAGGAAAUUUCAAGAGCAGGAAUGUCCUCCUUCACCAGAGCCGACACGGAAAGAAAAAGACAAGAAAGGCUGCCAUUGUGUCAUUUUCUAAGAAUCCCUUGAGUGUUAGCUACCAACUGCCAGGAAAAGCCCUCAUCGUCUCUCCUUAUGGUUUACAUCACAUUGGUACCUUUCUAGCCUUAGACAAAUGAUCACCAUGGUAGCCUUAGAACAAGAAGCUGGCUAAUCCUUCCCGUGAAGCUAAUCCUAUGGUCAUUUCAAGGCAGAUUUAAAGGAAACACUAAGGCUGCUUCAAAGAUUAUCUGAUUAUUUUAAAUAUAUAUCUGCGUACACAGAUGCAUUCUUUUUUAAGGGCUUACAUUUUAAUAGGGAUCGAUUGGUUUUGGAACCUAAGCUCUUUGCCAACCUGAAGUCAUAGGUUAUGAAAUAACUUUUAACUUCUGGAAUCAUAUUGCCUACUAUUACUCUAAAUAGAAAUAUAGGGAGUUUUUUCUUAAAAAUGUGAAUUUUUGUCUGUCUCUAAAAAGUUUGAUGUCACCUUCAAUUAAUUUUACACUGAAUUGAAUCCCCAAAAGUGAGACAUCUCAGAUCUUUACUGAUGCUACAGCCUUUGUUUUCCAGUAGCCAAAAUACCAAAAUGCCUAUUGUAUUUAUUGAUUAAAAACUACUUUAAAACUCUUUAUUAUUACUCCUGCUCUUAAAAAUGAUAAUAUCUUAUGUGGCCAAAUCUUUGGACUCAUUCUGGAUUUAGGCGUUUCAAUGUUCGUGGUUUUCUAAUUUAACUCUUUUCACAAUCAUGUUGGAGUAAAAAUAAAUAAUUUCUGUCUGUCUUCCUUUUUAAGUAUUUCUGGAUAAGGGAUUCAAAAAAACUAAAACUGUUUUUGUUUGUAAUAUAAAAUAUGGAAUUGACCUUUCCAGGGUCAGAGAUGAUUAAUGUUUUUGCUAUAUACUUUUAUACAUUAUUUUCUUAUCAAACUAGUUAACAAGUAUUUUUAUAUGUUUGUAAGCAACUGUACUUUCACAGCAUACCUUGUGUAUAUGUAAAGAUAAGUAUUUAAUUUUCACUGUUCACUUUUAACUGACAAAAGAAGUGAAAACUACAGAAUCUGCGGUAGAACUUUACUGGUCCUGGUUGUAUGCACCUUUGGCCAGUCACACAGCUACUCAAGAAACCUUCCCAAUACAGUACAACAGGACGAGUAUCUGAAAUCACUUUCAACACCCCCUGUUAGAUAUUGACUGUUCUAUCAAGUAGUACUUGUAAAACUUUUCAUUGACAAUUAGUGUAACUGUGGUUAGCUUCUGAUUUUGUUUUGAAUUCUGUGGAUUGUGUUUAAACAAUUCAAAAGUUUGUUCCUGAUUUUGAGAUACUGAGUGGUAUUGCACAGUUGUCACUUUAUUGAACGUGUACAACAGUCCCAUGAGGUUUAUAAAGCAUACCCUUGUAUAGCUUCAGGUGCUAGAAUUAAAAUUGAUCUGUUAUCACAAGA